AUGGUGAUAUCUGCACUGCUGAGAUUGAUAUACCCACCACCACCAUCUCUGCUCAUCACGGCAAUGUCUGUGGUGAGUUUUGCAUCACUAGCCAAUGCAGGGUUCAUGGAAAUCAAAGGGAAGCACAUGCAGUAUUCAAAAUUCUGGAACAUUGGUUCUGGGAAAACUUCAUCGUCAUCAGAAGCAGCCCAAAAGAUUAAACUCUCCAGCAGAACUGGCAUGCUUGUGGUGUAUACGCCGGCAUUUCUCGCCGGUGCCGCCUCUUUUGGCCUUUUUCCAAAUGAGGGUUUGAGGUUUCUUUUGCUCAGCUCAGCUUUAACCAUCCAUUUUGGCAAGAGGAUCUUUGAGAUUGUUCUUCGAAGAAGAAAGAUCAAGAAAAACCAGAGAAUGUUGCAUCGUCAAAGAAAGGAUGAGUUGAGCGAGCGCUAG